GUGCCCUUUAUGACCUUUUCGUGGACUCUUCGUUCCUCUUUGUUAUCGCUCUUCCUUUGUGGGUUAUUCGGCAAAUUAGAUUCUUUCAGAUCGAUCAAGUUCUUUCAGCUUUAUACGUUUGGAUAUUUGCACGGAAAUUCAAACGAGUCAUAAUGCAGGGACGAAGGGGUACUAUUGGUUCCUUGCUUGAAACCUUCAUUGAUCAUAGUACUGCAUCACGUAAUGCUGCUAUUGAACAGCAGGUUUGCUGGAAUAAUGUUCAAAAUCCUAUAGAAAACAGAUUGCCUAAUUGUUUGCUGUCAUCUAAUGACAUGAACGUUGGAUAUGUGAACUCUAUUGGUCGGGAGGAGCAGCCUGGUAGAUGGAGCUUGGGAGAACCUAGCUUUAGUGACACUGUAACUGAGGUCAGCUAUAACGAGCGGAAAACUGAUCAUGGAUGGUCAAUGUCUAUGAGUGCUUCUACAAAUGCUGGUCUGAGCUUAGAAGGGCAGAGGUAUGAACAAAGUUCUCUAUUUGCGCAAAGUUCCAAUUCUGGUACAGUUCCCCAGAAUCAAAGGUUAAAUGCUGGAUUAGUUGGUCAUGGUGAUAAUAACUGUCAAAUUACAGAACGGUCUAAUAACCACUAUAAGUCUAGUGGAUCAGAAGAUGAGCAGAAUUCACUGGGUGCGGGUUCUGAAGCAUUUCUUCUUUCCCCUGGAAGUGCUGGGCAUGAUAUGGAUGAUAAUGUUGACAGACCUGGUUUCUUGUAUGAGGGUCAUCGUGCAUCACACAAAAGAAAGGCUCUAGAAGGAAAUGUUGGGCAGUCAUCUUUGAGUGGAAGUUCUGGCUACUAUCAUAAUGCAGAAAGUAGUGCAUGGAAUGGAGUUUCUGCUAGCUAUACCGCAGGAAGCAAUGUGAAUAUAUCUCCCCACUCAAGACAGGCUCACCCUAGACUUGAACUAGACAUUCGAGGAUCAGCAUCUGACAGCAUUCCUGAACCAAUUGUUUUACCACCAACUGCAGAGAGCUCACGCAGGAAUUUCCAGCUGCGAAUAAAUCCUUCUAGUAUACAAGAACCUAUUGCCCGUCCUCUAAUUUCUACAGGUGAUACAAUCGGGCAGUCUGUUGUUUCGUAUGCACCGCAGUCAUCAAGACUUCUUCCAACUAAUCAUUCUCUGGAUUUAAGCUCAGCACCAAUGGUACCUAAUGCAAGUUCUCAAAACCCGAAUGUCAUAAUUAAUGUUCCAACUUUGCUUCAAAAUGGAGGUUCUGGCUCAAGAACUGGCAGUUCAUCCAAUUUGAAUCUAACAGCCGAUCGAAAUGUUGUACCACGUGCAAGACAUCAAUCAAGAAGCAUGGCCAGAAACCAAUUAGAUCAUCGUAUGUUGGCUCCUGCACCAGAACGAAGAACUUUGGUUAGAAAUCCUGGUUUAAGCAGUGGAAGUAUAAGUGCUCCUGAAAAUAUUGCUUCUUCUUAUCAUGCUGGUCCAAAUUAUGCAACGUCUGCAUCUACUGGGGUUCCUUCACAAUACCCACGAAGAUUGUCAGAACUUGUUCGUCAAUCAUUAAUGUCUUCCCUUGGCACUGAAGCCGGAGGCCAGGAUAAUCACUCUUCUCUGCCUUCAGGACCUGCUUUUUCAGAAGAGAUGUUGCUUUCCUCUCAAGCAGCAAAUCAGGGUUACUAUCAUUCAUAUCCUAGGUCGUUGCAAUGGUUGGAGAGACAAGAUGCUGGUUUGCUAGGAAUUCCCCGCUUAUUGCGAACUUUAGCUUUUGCUACUGAAGGAAGAAGCAGGAUUGUCGCAUCUGAGAUUCGCAAUGUCUUGGAUCUCAUGCGGAGGGGGGAGAACUUGCGACUUGAGGAUGUCAUGAUCCUCGAUCAGGCAGUACUAUUAGGGGUAGCUGAUAUUCAUGACCGUCAUAGGGACAUGCGGCUCGAUGUUGAUAACAUGACAUAUGAGGAGUUAUUGGCUUUGGAAGAAUGCAUUGGUAAUGUAAGCACAGGGUUGAGUGAAGAAACCAUAUUAAACCGUCUGAAAAGACGAAAGCAUUUUGGUUCACCAGGAGCUCAGUUAGAGGCCGAACCGUGUUGUGUUUGUCAGGAAGAAUAUACUGAUGGUGAAGAUCUUGGGACACUGGAAUGUGGCCACGACUUCCAUGCUUAUUGCAUUAGACAAUGGCUGAUGCUAAAAAACGUGUGCCCCAUUUGUAAAACAACAGGUCUGACUAAAUGAGACGUCCUGUUGUUUCCAGGCAAUUAGGUCUUCCUCUGGUCAGAGGAAGGCCCCGACAUUGAAUGUUCUGGUUCGACUUUUUCAGUUCAACUAAACUAGAUGCCUUCUCAUUCUGAGAUGAUCUAUCCAUGGUAUUUGAGCUUUAGAUUUUACUUCCAAUUUGGUCAAACAAGGCUCUUUCUGGGUGGAUGACAAACAUAAUGUGAAGCACAGGGAACAAAGAAGCUAGUUUCAACAUUUCUCAUUUUCUAAUAGUUGUAUGUAUGAAUUUUUGGCCCAUUGGCGACAUAGAUUAUCGUAUACCUUUAUAUUA